CAUCCUCCCCGACUCUAAAAAAAUCACCACCGGUUUAGCUAAUCCAUUGACGACGGUCAAGCGCCGAAACAACAUCAUCAAAGACUCACCGGCUACGGUUAGUUUGGGUUUUUAUCCCUUGUGGAAAAGCACAAACUCAUCAACACCAUGAACCCUGAGAAUCAUCAGACAACCACCAUUCACUCUAAAGUGAUCUCACAUGUCUUUUUCACCGGUACAGCUAAGCAAGGCUGUGCUGGGCCACCCAUUGGUCUUGUCGAUAUUGGUGUGAGCGAUAUUGCUUACAUCUUCAGAGUCUCUCUACCUGGCAUUGCCAAAAACCAAGAUAAGAUCAAAUGUGAGAUUCAGAGAGAGGGGAGAGUAUGCAUUCAAGGAGUAGUACCUGAGAUUGCGAUUCCUAGCGAUUCAGGGUGCUUAUACAGAAUGCAAGUGCAGCAGCUCAGCCCGCCUGGUCCAUUUACGAUCACGUUUAAUCUCCCGGGACAAGUGGACCCUCGCUUGUUUUCUCCAAAGUUUAGACCUGAUGGGAUCUUUGAAGUUGUUGUUGUCAAGCUCGGUGUACGCAUCCCAACUUCAUAG